AAAACAAAACAAAAAACAAAAAACGAUUUUUCAGAACCUUGAAGGGAAUCGAAAAUUGGUCGGAGAAAGCAGGACUCGAAAUGUGGGGAAUAAAGCAACAGAAAGAAAUCCGAGAGAAACAAACUUUGGUUCGAGUCCGAAUGGGAGGUCCAAUAACCGGAGGGUUCGAGAAAUCGGGAUUGAAACAUGGUAUGUUGUUUUUAGAGCUGUACUCAAAAAUGAACUCACGGACUUACACUCGACGGAGCUUAUUAUUGGAAGGAGUUUACGUCUGGCAUUUCCCAUUAUUAUUUUCGUCUGAGCCUAUCGGAAUUUGCAGAGUUUUAAUUCACAGAAUUUCCGCGAUGAACGAACUGGAACAAAACAGGAUACUGCGCACAACAAUAUAAGAGCUAUAUUAGGCCUCCAAACUCAUUAAUACGUGUAAUUAAGUUUCCGUUUUAUGUAUCCGGCAAUGAAUCGAUGACGUUCGCAGAUAGAUAAACAGACAUGUGCAGCAUUCUGCCACGAAGUAAUAUGCUUCACAAAACGGUGGGAGGAAAUAUCAGAGGCGAACGAAAGUGGAUGAAAGAGGUUUCGAUAGUUCAUAAAUCUCGAAACGUUUCACGACAAUUGGAACUUAAAAACGGAUAUCAUCAUGCUUAAUAAUUGCUCUACAAACUGCACAGGAGAAAAAGGAACAAUUCAAGACAACAGUUCGUGUUUUCAACUUCCUGUAUUUCAGGUUGAAAAUGUUCCACAAAACGUUAUCGUGGUGAACUGUGCAGUUAAUAUACUGCUCCUUAUGACGGCGAUUCUUGGAAAUUUUCUGGUUGUAUCAGCAGUGUGGAAGACACCUUCACUUCGUUGUCCUUCGAAUGUACUGCUCUGUGGUCUGGCAACAACUGAUCUCGCUGUUGGACUUGUCGUUCAACCCUUGUUUCUGUAUAUAGAACUGAUGCAGUUCGCCAAACACGAGGCAGGGUAUCCGUGUGCUUUGGGAAAAGCAUUCCACAUUCUGUCCUAUUCGGUUUGUGGUGUGUCUUUGUUGACUGUUACAGCCAUCAGUGUAGAUAGGUUAUUAGCGCUUCAAUAUCAUCUAAGAUAUGUCACCGUCGUCACCAUCGUGCGAGUCAUCUACCUAAUGACACUGAACUGGUUGGCGAGCAUUUUCAUGGCAAGUGUAAUGCUGUGGAGUGGAAAUAAGGUUUUUCUUGUUGCCAUGGCUGCUGUGGUGGGCGUUUGCCUUAUUUUGUCACUAACCGUCCAUUUGAAAAUUUAUGGCGUUGUUCGCCGCCAUCAAAAACAGAUUCAAACCCAAAGAGAGGCAGUCCAAACGCGUCAAAGAGCCAACUCGUUCAUGGUACGGUUCAAAGGGACAGGCAACGCUGUCCUCAUCCACUACUUUCUUCUCAUUUGUUACACUCCACUGUUUAUUAUUUUACUAUUGACUAGCAGUGAAGACAGUAUUGAUUCGGCGUCAUGGAAAAAAGCUGACAUUGCUGUGGCAUGGAAAUUGACAAGCACGAUAGUAUUUAUGAAUUCGGCUGUAAAUCCCUUUAUCUACUGCUGGCGUCUUCAAGAAAUGCGAACCGCCGUAAAAAGUUCUUUGAAGGCGAUUUUCGUUAGGAAGUGUUUUUUUGCGGUUAAGAACUGAUGAGGUUAAUGAGGUUAGACAUUGGAUUUGCCCUCUUACAAACUGGCUUAAAGAAAUACCGAGACUGCCCUUGUCUGCCUUUUCAGUUCUAUUUGGAAUUAAUCACUUAAGGACUGUCCCGGUGAUCGACGGCUCACAAAAGAAAACUGGAAUCUAACGCGAGGUGACAACAAAAACCUCCUUCUAGAGUUGAACCUAGCAGAUCAAUGAGCCAUGGAGCAACGCUGGAACUUUGGCUUCAACAGCAGCAGAAGAUGGUAUAGAAGCACGCUGUUACAGCUAUGUGUACCUUGCUCCUUGUUAUACAAAACUCUGUCGAGCGUGACAAUCCUUUUCAUGGAGCGCAUGACUCGCCACCUUUAUAAGUGAGACCCUUGGCACGCCAGGAAAAUUCCUCGUUGUCUCAGUAGCUCAGUG